UGUGUGUGUGUGAGUGUGUGUGAGUGUGUGAGUGUGUGUGUGUGCCACGGAGGGAACUCCACAGUGGAAAGUACACACACACAUUAUCAACUCCAAAAAGAGUCCAAUGGUCAGUGUUUGCAUCUCCUGCUGCACACAACACCCAGACUGCACCGGGGCUUCAAGGCUGACUGCAGCAACCGAGCACGUCCGGAUUCAGCCACAAAAAACAACAACUACCCCCCCCCCCCCACCCCCACCCCCUAAGAGAGAGGAAAGUUAGGCCGGGGUAUCGCAGUCAUGUCCGGACAACCUGGAUUCGUGAGCCCGUUCUGCAGACCGCGGUGUCUCGCUGCUGCAGCUCCGGCGGGGAAAGCCAAACUCACCCACCCUGGGAAGGCGAUCCUGGCAGGAGGGAUAGCCGGAGGUAUAGAGAUCUGCAUCACCUUCCCCACAGAGUACGUUAAAACACAGCUGCAGCUGGACGAGAAGGCAAAUCCUCCCAAAUACAAAGGCAUCAGCGACUGUGUGAAGCAGACGGUGAACAGUCAUGGGGUGAGGGGUCUUUACAGGGGGCUGAGCUCACUGCUGUACGGCUCUAUACCUAAAGCAGCUGUCAGAUUUGGGGUGUUUGAGUUCCUCAGCAAUAAGAUGAGAGAUGAAAACGGUAAACUGGACAGUAAGCGAGGAUUCCUCUGUGGCCUCGGCGCCGGAGUGGCGGAGGCUGUGUUCGUCGUCUGUCCCAUGGAGACUGUUAAGGUCAAAUUCAUCCACGAUCAGACGUCGGCAAACCCAAAGUACAAGGGGUUCUUCCACGGUGUGAGGGAGAUUGUUAGAACUGAAGGACUGAAGGGGACUUAUCAAGGCCUAACAGCCACCGUGUUGAAACAGGGCUCCAACCAGGCCAUCCGCUUCUACGUCAUGACCUCCCUGAGGAACUGGUACAAAGGUGAUGACCCCAACAAAGCUAUUAACCCUCUGAUAACUGGACUGUUUGGAGCUGUUGCUGGUGCCGUCAGUGUGUUUGGAAACACUCCGCUGGAUGUCAUUAAAACCAGAAUGCAGGGACUCGAAGCUCACAAGUACAAAAGCACAAUGGACUGCGCCGUCAAGAUCAUGAAGCACGAGGGACCGAGGGCGUUCUACAAAGGUACAGUUCCUCGGCUGGGCCGGGUGUGCAUGGACGUGGCCAUAGUCUUCAUCAUCUACGAGGAAGUUGUGAAGGUCCUGAACAUAGUCUGGAAGACGGACUGAGACCCCCCCCCCCCUCUCCUGGUGCUACAUGAGCAGGACCAGUUGGGACAAGGCCGCUCACAUUAUUAACCAGGCCCAAAGUCCCAAAACCAUAAUCUCCUUAAAAACAAAAAAACCCUGCUUCUAGGUUCUAAUAUCUACCUCUAAGUGAUCUUCAGAGAGACCGAAAGGGAUCGGUUUGUUCUUGAUUUUAUUUGUACCACAGCUAUUACAGGUGGAAGCGGCCUCCAGAUUGCAGUCAGUGCUUCACACUUUUUUUCACACUCUUUUUGUUUUCUUUAAUUCCAGAAAAAGUGGUGGAAGUUCCUUUAAAGAUCUCAGGGAAAGGAACACGGGGGCAUUUUAUUCAGAUCUGAUUGACUAGAGAUGCUGUACGUACUUAAUCAAAGAGAAACCAAUGCCCAAUGACCCAACAUAAUGUGAUUUAGACACUGUAGAAAGAGAAAUUAUACUUGAAAUGAGAGAUUAUACCAGAGAUCUAACAUUUUAAACCCCUUUAUGUGCAAGUAUUUGGGUUUUUUUCUUCUCAAAACCAUAAUUUCAUUCACUAGCUGAGAAAAUAAUUUAUAUUUAGAUGUCACGUGCUGCAGAGGCUAUAGGUACAUUAACAACUAAAUGCCUUAAAACACAUUAAUCAAGACUGUGGUGACCCACACAGAUGCAGUUUUCUUUUCUUUUUUUAAUUAAGUUGCAUAUGAAUUAUUUAGAAAUGCACAUUUUCCACAGAAACAGUGGUCGACUGCAGAGAUGUUUAAAAUCAAUUAACGUUAGUAGAUUUGUUGCUAUAGAGAAAAAAAGUGCCUAUGUAUGAUAUGAUUCAUUUUGAGAUCUUUUGAGAUUAAGAAUGAUUGAAUGUUGUGUGUACUUAGUCACUACAGAUAUUAUUUUUUAUUAAUGUACUCAGUUGCACACACGUGUUUAAUUCCAGGCAGUUUCUGAGGUAUUUCUGAGAUGUUCAUAUCUUCUUUUUUUUUGCUUUUAAAUUGCCUUUAUUGCGUAGAAAUGCCUCUAAUAGUGCCUUCCAUCUCAUUCCAUGGAGGACGAGUGGGUUAGGAAAGCUUUUUAUUGCAGAUUUGUGUUUAAUUUUUAACUAUGUAACAUGAAUUGCCUUUACUUUUUACACCAACUGAUGACCCAAUGUGCCAACUGCUGCUCAUAUAUAUAUAUAUGUAUAUAUAUAUAUAUAUGUAUAUAUAUAUAUAUAUAUAUAUAUAUAUAUAUAUAUAUAUAUAUAUAUAUAUAUUGCCAUGUUGUAGACUGAAGUUUGUGGCUUGUGAGUCCGGCACGUUUACAUGCAAUGCAAUUAAUUUGUUUUUACAAAUGUUUACUUUUGAGCUUCAAACCCGACCUAACGUACACGUAAGACCAAUGUAAUAGCUAUUUAAAUAUCUGUGGAGUUUUAUUAUUAACACAUGACAGAUUUCCAGUAGUUAAAGCUGCAGGAGGGAACUUUUAUAAAAAAAUAACUUCACUGUUUUCUGACAGGAGAACAUGAGACAGGUAAUAUCCGGUUCCUCUGGCUCCUCCUGGUGCUCCUGAUAGGAUUUACAAGAAUGAGACUCAUUAAUAAACUAUCUUUCAUGGCUCUGAUUGGUUGUUUUUAUUCACAUGCAGUGGAUUUUUGUAAAUGCCGUUAGCAGUGUUUCACAGAUUAUCUGUCUCAUGUACUUCUGUCAGGUAUAGAAGUCCAUUUCUGUUAAUAAUAUGGGGGGGGGAAGUAAUUACAAUGAGAAACUUUACCGAAAUUAUAACUUAAUAUCAAUAUUUUGUGAAAGUUUCUCAUUAAAAUGACUUAUUUAAUUCUUUUUUCCCCGUUACAUUGGUGGAAAAGUGCUUCCAUGGUUCAGGAUAUAGUGAAAGUUUCAGCAAAUAUGAGAAAAGGUUUUUUUUUUUAAAUAAAAAUGACCUGCUGCAGCUUUAAAACCAAGUAUUGUGCCUUCAGUCUAAUUAACUCUAACAUGUACGCUCACAAAUAAAACCUUGGAUCAGACUGUUAA